AUGGCGCCACUAAGAAGGUACUUGCGCAUUACGAAACAUUCCGUCCUCGAGGUGCGAAUAUACCUGGAUCGACCAUCUGACGCAGAGAGCUGGCUUUUAAAGCGCGACAAUCCAGCUCUUCCACGCAUCAUAGAAGCCAUUCGUCCUUAUGUGUUACCCAAGUUGCGAGAGGAGAACGAAAGAGUCAGAGGAAAGGGCUCAAAGACCAAGAAAAAGGGCGUCAAGGAUGUUGUAAUCGAAGAUGAUUUCGAAGUUUCAAUAUUUCUGACUGACCUAUCCUCACGACACUCCGUGUUGACCAAGCAGAAAAUGUUCAAGGAUAGACCCCGUAUUCAAAGCAAUUCAGGAAAGCUUACAGGGUGGCUCAAGCCAGGAACGAGCGACCAGCCUGUUGUCAUCAAUGAUAGCACGGAUCCUGUCAUCGUUAGGGAGGAAGAAGAUGACAGCGUAAUCAACUUGGAUGAUAUUCCCGAAGCCAACACUUCUAAUCCGGGCUCAAGGACGCGCAGAGGAAGGGAGAUUCCUUCCGAUGUACCUGACGAAGCUGACGACGCGUACAAUUCCGAUACAUCCGAGCCAGUGCUCGACGAUAAGAAGAAGCUGGGCAUGAAAACAUCCUACGAUGGAUUCAGCAUCUAUGGCCGUAUCUUAUGUUUAGUGGUAAAGCGCAAAGGUCCAAGGAAUACAGCAGGGACAGUUCCCCCGGCAUCAAACCAACAGAUGAUGGAGAAUUGGGUGUCCACGCAAGCUGCGGCCGAGCAGGUUGAUGACGACGACAACGCAUAG